UUGUGUGUGAAAACUACAUGUAUGACAUGCAUAUUCGUAAUCUACAGUGUGCAUGUGCCGGGUUAUUCCAAAUUGCAAUCACAAAGUGGACGCUAAUUCGAUUAUUUUUUCAGUGGAUGCUGUUUUAGAAAAUGGAGAACAAGUGCGGUAGAUGCUGUGAGAAACCAUCGGAGGUGGAAUGUGCAAACUGUGGACAGAAUGGUGGAAAAAAUGACGCCGCAGGUGCUGUUCCUCUCUGUUUGGAGUGUUCCAAUCUACUUCAUGUUGGUUUCAUGAAAGGUCAUAAACUUGAAACAAUCGAGAUCAAGGCAAAAAGAGAAGAAUUCAAGGACAAUAUGAAGAACUACAAUAAGAAAGAGCAGGUCUUAAAGCGAAGUCUUGUUGAGAUCAAGCAUGCUUACCAGAACAUAACAAGCAGGGGUGAGAACAACAAGUACACCAUGCAGCAAGCUCUAGUGGCCAUUAACCAGGCUCUGAAGAAGAAAGAGGAGGAGCUUAUGUCGUGCAUGACAAAGAGUAUUAGCGCCCUCAAAGUUCAACUGGCAAGCAGUGAAAAGGACCUGGAACAACGUCUCAAGAAACUGCAAUGUUCCCAUGAGAAGGCAGAGAAAGUUGUUGCUUCUGUAGCUGAGAAGUUCAUGAGUGAGCAUUCUGAGGUGGCGGAAGAGAUUGAGAAACUCUUGAGUGAGAAGACACCAGGGGACAUUCCAUCUCUCAACAUGUCCAUCUCGGUCGACGCCCUGGACGUUACCAAGGUCCUGGAUAGCCUCCAGAGCUUCGGCGCAGAGUGGCUGGCCAAUCAGAAGACCGAAGAGAGGCCUGCACUGGCUGACAGUGUGAAGGAAAUCAAGGAAGGAGACAAGCUGAAGGGAUACGUUGAGAGUCGAAUGGAUGCUAAAGGAUGUUUCUGGGUUUGUCAGGACUUGGUGGAAGGCAUUACCAACCUGUUAGAUGAUCUGAGCUUUGAGAUAAGAAAGGACAUUAUCACUCAUGGCUGGGAGGAUUUAACUGUCCAAGAGGGUUCACUUUGCGUUGCCCAGUAUUAUCAAGAUAACCGCUGGUACAGAGCGAGGGUGGAGAAACUCAAAGAGCACACAGCAGAGGUACGUUGGUUGGACUAUGCACAUGGUGAUGAGGUUCAGUUGAGUCACAUCCAGCCUCUAAGAGAACGCUUCACAGCCAUUCCUUUCCAGGGUUUGGAGUGCUCACUCUUUGCUGAUAUGUCUGAAGAGAUGCCUCGUCAAGCUCGCUGGGAGUUCACUGAUCUCGUCUCUAACAUGCUGUUGGACUGCACUGUCAUCAGGAAGUUGGCUUCUGCCGAUCAAGGGAAGGUACCUUUGUAUCUCAUCAGACUUGAACAAACAGAAGGAGAGCAGCAAGACAUUGCAGAGACUGUCUGGAAUAAAGCACAAGAUUCAAGAAGUAGCAAGGGACCGAUUGCAUACCGGGACAUCCGUCUGCUUAACGAGGAAGCCAAGGACAUCCAGAUCUUGAAGGAGGUCGUCAACUCCAGCAAGACAGCGACGCCCGACGAUGCAGCCAAGACGACAUCCGAUGAGGCGGACAAGACCGGCAACGGGGAGGAGGAGGGGCAGAAAGAAGAUGAAGAAGAGAAAGAGUCCUCCAAACCAGAGGAGGAAGAGGGCAAGAUGGAGAAUGGAGCUGACGGAGAGACAGAAGGAGUGAAGGAUGAAGGAAAAGAUGGAGGAGAAGGCCAAGAAGACCUUAGUCUAGCACAGAAGCUUGAGAAACAAGGAGACACUGCCCAGGCUGAUGGGGUUCCCACAGGAACGCCCAUGUCCCCCAUGGCGUUCAUCGCAGCCCAUGGCAGCUACACGGCUAUCAACGGCAUCAGUAGUACUGAGAACAGCCAAGCCAUGGCACCGUUUGCUGGACCACAGCCGCAGCUCGACGCAGGCUGGUAUCAACACUAUGCAAGCCACUAUGCUCUCACCAGUAUGGGGCUUCCUGCAGGCAUGGCUGCUAGUGGAGAUGCUUACGGCAUGGUGCCAGGUUCCCAUCUUGGAGUCCAUGUUGCCACCCCUAUGACAGCAGAUGGAACAUUCUGGGCUGCCAGGGUCAGAGGUCAUGAGCAAGAGAUCCGAUUCAGGAGGCUCAUGCAUGAGAUCAGUGCUCCUGCCGACCCACUGACCAUAGAUCAGCUUCAUAGAGGUAAGAUGGUGUGUGCCUUCCAACAUGAUGUGGGGCAUUGGUGCAGGGCUAAGGUGGAGGAAAUCGCUCAGGAUGUGGUUCAUGUGAGAUUGAUUGACUUUGGAUCGGUAGCUACACUGGACUGUAAACAGCUCAAAGCAUUGGAUGUUAGGCAUGGAGUCUAUCCAUUCCAGGCAUUUGAGUGCAGUCUAGCCAAGAAGGAGCUGACGAGUUUCUCUGAGGGCACCAGACAGCUGUUUCACCAGCUGACUGCUAAUAAACUAAUCACUGCCAAAGUGGAUGCAGUCUCAGACUUUGUGGUGUAUGUGUCUCUCUUCUUGACCGCUGAGGGAGGCGAAGUUGUAGAUGUUGUAGCUGAACUGGCAAAGAAUGAGGAUCCAACCAGAGGGACUAAAGGCAAGCCAGAAAGCACACAUUCUCAACCCAAAGGGACUAUGUCAAAUGGACUGCCCAAAUCUACAUCAAGAGUGGGCUUCACCCCAAUCCUGAAAGAUAUGUAUAGGAAGUCACCCCCAUUCGUGGCUGAUGUCGAAAAAGAUUUUGCAAACUUGAUCAGUAGUGUGAACACCGAGUCGCAGCAACCUACCCAGAUCUAUACAUUCCCUCCAAUGGCCAGAGACCAACGUGCAUUCGUCCAUGAAAUGGCUAACUUAUACUGCCUCUCUUCAGAUAGCACGGGACAGGAAACGACUAGGCACGUCAUCAUCACAGCAACAAGAGGGAAGAGCUUUGUUCCAUCCCCUAUCCUCACAGAGGUCUGUCAGAACGAACCAAUGCACGCACCUGGGGCGUACGUGGACGAACUACAAAGUGAGAGAGACCAUCGCUACAUGGGAGGCAACACCCGCGGUGAGGACAGACAAGGAUGCUUCAUCUGCGGUGACAUGUCACAUCGGAAAAACAACUGCCCAAGGAACAGAAACAGAAACCAGCAGAAGAAUUCAACCUGGUGGUCUGGAGAUGGAAGGAAGCAGGGUCGCAAAAGCGGUGGCGGCGGCGGCGGCCGAAGGAACUGAGCAGUCAGUAUUAUCUUGAAGAACUAUUUUAGAACCAUUCUGGUAGGCCUGCGUACAUUCAUGAGCUACGGAAGGGAUUGAACAUGCUUCUAAACACGGCAAUCUUCAUAGGACACUGCAAUGUGUGACAGGUGUCUCGAAAAACACUGGCUGGACACUCAUUUUUGGUGCUUAAGGUGUACACUUUAGUUCAUGCGAUGCCAACACGAGCACCAAAUCACCAGCACCAAGUUUCGUUACUUCAUUGUUUGUAGCUUUUAUGUUUUUUUCUGUGUCAAAGAUUUGCCUGGCGAUUGGACUUUGUUUUCUGUCUUAAGCAUGGAAGUCAAGAUAUGUGGAAAGAAGUUCAGCUGUGAAAACUUGAAGCAAUAAGUUAUUUAUUUUUGCUUAUGUUAUAUUUUUUACAAUUAUGUAUGGGGGAUACACAUUUUCUUUAGUUGCCAUCAGCAAAAGAUAUGUUGAUCGAUUGGUAUAGGAAAAAUGCAACAACAAAAACAGACUAAAGAUUGAUGAAGUGAUAUUGUAGAUCAGUAAAUGAAAUUUCAAAUAUAGAGAAUGAGUGUUUAGGAAUGAAAAGGGAGGGAUGUUCACAUUAGGGGUGAACAAAUAAAAAGCUUGCACAUUUCCGUUUAGAAUUGUUUGUACUUAACCUUUAUCUUCUUCUACAACAGGGUUUAGAAUUUCUUUUUCAAAUAUGCAGACAUGAUUCAAGAAGAAAAAUAGGGACUUAUCUUCCAAAGCGAGAAUAAUCAGUUGUUUCAAUUACUGGCUCUGAUCCAACACAAGAAAAACUUGAAAAUUUUCCCAGCUUUUUUCAUCCUGUAAUUAUCUUUCCAUUAUGUAUUUUUCUUUUUGUAUUUUUUGUAUUUUUUGUGUAUUCUUUGUGUAUUGUGUCAUAAGCAGUCUAUUCUAUUAGUUUCAUUUCAGAGAAUAUGCAAUGUUGGUGGCAAGAGAAAGCUUUGUUAUCUUUCAAACAAAUCAAAUGAAAGCUGUGCUUGUCAUGAAUGUGAUUUCCAACAAGUUUUUGUUAGUUACUUUUGCAAUUUGCUGCUCCGCACAACCCAAUUACCACAUGAUAAACAGUUUAGAAUAUGAAGUUUAAAGUGUAUCAAUAGCCAAAACAUGUUUGAGGUAUUAAGGGGCUCUAUGUUUGUAUAUUGUAGUCAAAUUUGAGCUUCAAAUAUAUCUCCUUCAAAGAGAUAUUACAGUUUAAAUACA